UCGCACCUAUGCUAACUACCUUCCCUACACUCCCUAGGGUUUCUCACUCCAUUUCUCUGCAUUCUCUCACCUUCCAUCACCUCCAUGGCCGGAAUCAAGCUCUCGCAGGAGGAUUCUGAGUUCUCCCAGCCCUCCCGAGCUCCGGCCUCCACUGACCUUGCAUCCGUCGUCUCUGACGACGAUCGUUCUGUCGCUGCCGAUUCUUGGUCGAUUAAGAGCGACUACGGGAGCACUAUGGAUGACGAUCAGCGUCAUGCAGAUGCCGCCGAGGUGCUCUCCUCCGCUGUCCUAGGCUCUGCCGAUUACAGUUCUGACAAGGAAGAGCCAUAUGUUGAAGUUGACAACUCAAUGCUAGGUUUACAGAGUCAUUGGGAUGCAACAUAUGCAGGUGACUUUGCAAACUUUCAUGUGCAUGGCCAUGCUGGUGAAGUUUGGUUUGGUGCUGAAGUCAUGAGUGUGGUUGCAUCCUGGACAAAGAACCUCUGUAUAGACAUUUCUCAAGGUUGUAUGCCCAAUCUCAGUGAUUUCAAAUCCAAGUCAUUUGAGCAAUUUGAAAAAGAUUUGGCUAGAUGGAGAGUGCUUGAUGUUGGAAUUGGCAACGGUCUACUUCUUCAAGAACUUGCUAAGGGUACCAUGAAAACUUUUAUUUCAUGGUUUGUGCAUAAACAUGCAUAUGUGCACGUACAUGUAAAGAUCUGUGUGCAUAUUUAUGAAAACCCAGUAACCAUCAUUUGGCAUGCACACAAUCAGACAUGUGAAAGCUCGUGCACAUAUAGUAUGGAAAUGGUUCAUGUACAUGUGCAGCCAUCAAAGUGCUUUGACCUUUGGUUCUCUGAUUUGACCGGAAUUGAUUAUAGUGAAGGUGCUAUUAACCUUGCUCAGAACCUUGCUGAUCGUGAUGGAUUCACCAGCAUUAACUUCUUGGUUGAUGACAUUCUUGAGACAAAAUUGGAGAGGCAGUUCCAACUUGUUAUGGAUAAAGGAACUUUAGAUGCUAUUGGGUUGCAUCCUGAUGAUCCCAUCAAAAGGAUUAUGUAUUGGGAUUCUAUCUCAAGGUUGGUGGCGCCUGGUGGUAUAGUGGUGAUUACAUCAUGUAAGAGUACAAAAGAUGAAUUGAUGCAAGAGGUGGAUGCUUUCAACCGAAGAAGGCUCAGUUCCUCCCAGGAGCCAGAGAUCCCGAAGGACCAAGAUGCACCCAGAGAUUAUCCUCCAUUUAAAUACCUGAGUCAUUUUCAAUCUGAUAGUACAUCAGUGUUAGGAGCAGUAGGCUCACUAGUUGUCACUGUUGCAUUUCUUCGAGGCUAAAAGUGUUCUUACACUUCAAUUUUAUCAAAUCUCUUUCAGGUCAGUCUUGACAUUUCACAUUAGAGUGAAUGCCGUUGUUUUAUUUCAUCUAGGGCACUGUUUUCCUGUUAGAAAGAAAUGUGGAAUGUGCUUACGUCCAGAAAAGAACCUGCUUACAUUUGGGAAA